UCGUCCCCGCUUAUCUUCUCCACCACCAAAACCAAAUCUCUCUCUCUGUCUCUCUGUCUGUCUCCAUAUAACAGCAUCAUGCAAACUCCCUCCUUUACUUACAUAUCCUCUAGUGAGAGUGCCUGUUUGGAAGCUGAUGAAGAAGACGACGAUUCCAUUUCUCUCUCUCUUGGCCCUCCUGGCCAACACAUCCGUAAGAACCCCAUCUAUAAUAUUCCCUCCUCAAGCCACCCUGUGAGUCACCAGAAACCUUCUAGUGAGGGUGGUGUAACAGUAGCCCUUCACAUUGGUCCUCCAAUUACUCCUGCACCCAACUCUAGUAACCCUAUUGACCUCGUUCCCCCUGUUGAAGGCCAAUACUGGAUUCCUUCUCCGACACAGAUCCUUGUCGGUCCAACACAGUUCUCUUGCACUGUCUGCAACAAAACAUUCAACAGAUACAACAACAUGCAGAUGCAUAUGUGGGGGCAUGGAUCACAGUACCGGAAGGGAGCAGAAUCUUUGAGAGGAACAAAACCCGCUUCUUCCAUGCUGAGAUUGCCGUGUUAUUGUUGUGCUGAGGGUUGCAAGAACAAUAUAGAGCAUCCGAGGUCAAGGCCACUGAAAGAUUUCAGGACCCUUCAGACUCAUUACAAGCGAAAGCACGGUGCCAAGCCUUACGGGUGCCGAAAAUGUGGGAAACCAUUUGCCGUCCGAGGGGAUUGGAGGACUCACGAGAAGAACUGCGGAAGGCUCUGGUUUUGCAUUUGUGGGUCUGAUUUCAAGCACAAGAGGUCCCUUAAAGACCAUGUUAGGGCAUUUGGGAAUGGCCAUGCUCCGCACACUAUCACUAUGGAGCUGUGUGAUCAGGUUGAAGAAGAAGAAGAUGAUAAUGAUGAUGACGAAGAAGAAAAUGAGAAUGGAGGUCAGGGGUCUGUUUUCUUUUAGUAAUUAAUACUUUCCAAGUUUAGGCUUUGGUAGUGAUUAAGGUUUGGUGAUUAGUGACUGUUUCUAUGCUGUGUGUGUGUGUGAGAGAGAGAGAGAGAGAGAGAGAGAGAGAGAGGGGGAGAGGAUGAAGACAAACAGUAUAAUGA